UCUCACGCUCGAGCGGUUAGUGCGAAGCUUCACAUUGACACUGCUGCAAGCGUGUGGAUUAUUGGCGUUAUUGUUUUGGAAUUACAGUUAUUCCUGAUCACAGAAUCUCUCCAGCAAGACACAAACAGUGGAAUAUAUCUGGUAAAUCCUCUGGAUUUAUUCAGGUAGUGCAGUAGAGAGGGACCAAUGCUGAGUUAACAAUGGGUUCAGGUUUGCCUCCUGCCCUGGUGCUGGUGGUCCUAUCCACAGGACUGGCCCUAGCAACAGAAAGUCUGUCUAACCCUGCCUCCAAGCCGCCCAGUGUUGCCAGAGCUACUAAGAGGAAUGUUUAUUACUUAGCUGAGGAGAAGAUAGAGUUGGAUUGUAUAGCAGAGGGAUCACCUGAGCCUGUAUAUCGAUGGUUUAGAAAUGGUGUUCAGCUGAACCUGAGUACUACAGAGAACAAGGCACGGAUGACCCUACAGUCUAAUGUGGGUACUUUGGUCAUUGACCAGGCUCGGACCACUGAUGAGGGGGUAUAUCAGUGUGUGGCUGAAAAUAUUUUCGGCAAAUCUCUUUCAAUUAAAAGAAAUGUGCAGUUAGCAAGAAUGGACCCUUUCUCCACCACAGAGAUUCAGACCAAGAGGGCGUUGUUGGGUCGAUCAGAAAUUCUUACAUGUACACCUCCAAAUAGCAUUCCAAGAGCAAAAAUCAGCUGGAUUAUUGUAUCUGAAGGUGACACGGACUACCGGGACGAGGAAUCGGAAGAAGGGUUUAACUUUGUGAACUUGGAUAAUCGGAUUACGAUGGAUUGGAAGGGUAAUCUGUAUAUUACCAAUGUGAAGCAGGAGGACGGCCAGGAUGGGGAUAAGUAUGUGUGCAUGGCCAACAACAAGAUUGUACGAUCAUUCAAUCAAGGGGAGGAUAAGAUUCUGGAACCAUUUGGCAAUCCCGGUGAAAAGGAACCAGCAGACGAGCCCGUGUCCCUUCUGUGGCAUUCAGAGUUGAAGGUGCUCGGACUUGUGGGCAAAACGGCCAAGUUCAAGUGCAUUUUCGCAGGAAACCCUCAGGCAAAAAUUGUAUGGAAGAGAAAAGGAAAGGAGUUAAACUCUCGAAUGAAACAGAACAAGGAUAUGUUUGACUUUGAAAUCAAGAGAGUCAAGUAUGAAGACGCUGGCGAGUAUGUGUGUGAAGGAAGCAACUCUGCCCAUGACAAGGUCAUCAGAAGGACCUUCGUGCUCACGGUGGAGGCCCGCCCCAAGUGGGUGGUGGAGCCGAGAGAUCUGACUAAGGGGGUGGAAGAGAAUGCCGAGUUUUUAUGUGAAGCUAAAGGAAACCCUGAGCCCACAAUCCAGUGGUACAUUAAUGGGAACCAAAUUGAACUUGAACCUGAUAAUCCAAGAAGAAAACUGGUAGGAAAUAAACUUACCUUUACAAACCUGUCCAAGUCCGACUCACAGGUCAUACAGUGCAACGCAACCAAUAAGAAUGGCUUUAUCUGGGCAGAUAUCUUCCUUCACGUUCUGGCCAUCCCAGCCAAUGUCGACCGCGAACCCUUGCCCAGACUGAAGGUGGCCGAGGGGCAGACAAUCACACUGACAUGCGAGUCCUCCGGGAAACCCAAGCCCACCGUUAAAUGGUUCAAGGGGAACCAGCGGCUGACCGGGGACCGCCAUGUCGUACAGGAUAAUGGAGAUCUCCUCAUCAUGAAUGUGAAUCACAAGGACACUGGCAACUACAAGUGCUACGCCAGUAACCGGUUCGGGAAGGAUGAAGCUAAUGGAACACUCACAGUCAGAAAGAAGACCAAAAUAGAUUCCAUACCACUCGACCUUGAAUUAAUUUACGGUAACGAGGCGACCUUCACUUGUGGGGCUAUCACGGACCCCCAUGAGACCUUGGAGUAUAUUUGGCUGCGUGAUGGUGUCCGUAUUGAAGAGGAUGAUCCCCGGGUCAGCAUUAAUGACGGCAUACUGACGAUCAUUGACAUCAAUAGUAAAGACACCGCCAACUACACAUGCAUGGCAUCUAAUGGCCUUGACAAUGCUACAGCUACUGCCAAGUUACAGGUCAAAGCACCACCUGAUCCACCAUACAAUGUGUCGUUGAGGCAGUGCUAUGCCAAUGACGCCAUUUUGAAAUGGCAGUUUGAUAAGAAUCAGGAAAACUUCUCUCCGCUGCAAAGCUUUAUUGUGGAAUACAACACGUCCUUCAACCCAGACAACUGGGUCACUGGUGCAAGGCCAUCUGCUGAUAGUCGUGAGGCCAAAAUAAAGCUUUCAUUAUGGGUGAGAUACAAUUUCCGUGUGAAGGCCAUCAAUGAAAUCGGUGUUGGGAAACCAAGUGCUAUAAAUCCAUCUGAGUGCAAGACACCUCAAGGUCGUCCGGACAGGCAUCCACGGAAGGUCCAGACUGUCGGCGACAAGACCAACUACCUGGUCGUGGAGUGGGAGACUAUGCCCCAGAUUGAACACAAUGCUCCUGACUUCUUCUACAACAUAUCGGUGAGGGAGAAGGAUGGGGAUAUGGGCCGGAAGGAGAUCUUCAUCAACAAAACUUACAAGCCGUAUUACAUCAUAGUGAGGGCACAGAACGUAGUUGGACAGCCAUACAACAAAGCCCAGGAGAUCCUGGGCCACUCUGGGGAAGCAGCCCCCACUGUUGUCCCUGGCAACUUUGAGCUGGACCCUGACAAAAAUGUGACGGCAACAAGUGCAGGUUUCCGCUGGGAUCCCGUCAACACCAGCACAGAGUCCAUGCAGGGAGAAUACAAAGGUUACAAGAUUCGUUACUGGAAGAAGGAUCAGAAGGAGACAACAAUGCACGAAGUGUUCAUCCCUGACUCAGUCAAGGAGGACUCCAGACGAAAACGAAGACAAGCAGAUGACGACAAGAUGAGGGCGGAAGUGCGUAACUUACCCUCAUAUGCAGAAAUAGAGUCCGACGUUGUAGUAGUCAACAACUACUUCAGCUCUAAUGGCAGCAACAUCGUCAACUUCUCAACACCAGAAGGAGUGCCCUCAGCUGUUGAGUAUCUAGAUGCCCUCUACCGUGGCUCCACACACUUCCUGCUUGAGUGGGGGGAGCCAAAGGAGCCAAAUGGCAAUGUUACUGGGUACAAGGUCGGAUACAAGAAGAUCCAAGGGCUUGAGAUUGGUGAGCUGGAGGUGGGUAAGACCGUGACGAAGCGCCGCGUGUUCCUUGGAGGCCUGACUCCUGACACAGCGUACCGCGUGUACGUGUGGGGGCUGACGCAGGAGGGUCAGGGGGGAGGAGUACUACAUCGACGUGCGACCUGGCGGAUCCCAGACAUCGAAGGACGGCCUGUGGGAGCUCGCUCUUUCUUGCAAUAUCGCCAACUUACGAAGAAUGACUGGGACAGUGUUGCAGAAGAAGAGCAUGAAGACUUCUGGCAGGAGAUUGAAGGUCUGAAGGAAGCAACUCCCUACAAGGUGCGUGUGGUGACGAAGACUGGGCAGUAUGGCACCGAGAGUUACCAGGAAGCUGCCAGUGACCCACGCACAUUUACUACCACGGGUGUAGAUACCUUCUUUCCUGUCUUCGCUUACCUGAAUGCAAACGAAACCGCCAACAAUUCUACUGGAGCGGCAAAGAAGGCCAAUGUACUCAGUGCCGGAUGGUUCAUUGGAAUGAUGGUGGCCAUUGCCAUUCUGCUUCUCAUCCUCAUCAUUGUCUGCAUCAUCAAGAGAAACAGGGGAGAUAAAUACCAUGUGCAAGAGAAGGAGCGUCUCCGUGGCAGCAACCCUGAUGACGGACAGGAUCACUUUAAUGAGUAUGCAAAGAGUGAUGAGAAUGGAGUUGGACAAAGUAAUUCGUUCGAGAACAACCCAGAAAAGAUGCCACUUGAGUAUGACGAGACGGACAGCAUGGAGGACUAUGGUGAUGUUGACCCUGGAAAAUUUAAUGAAGAUGGGUCCUUUAUUGGUCAGUAUGGAGUUCAAAAGUCCCCCGAGCCAGCAAAUGCCUCAGCUAUGUCAACUCUAGUAUAAGGAGCCAGAUCAUCUCGUUUAGAUAUUAUCAUUGGAAGUGUGAAAUUCUCAGACUGGAAGCGACCUGCCUUAAUAGGUACAUUGUUUAUCUCAAGCCAGUAGCUGAGAGUUGAAUUAUUAAAUGACAUACGUACUGACAAAAGUUCAUGAGGAGUUGGUCUUGUCGUACUGGCAUACACUGUAUGAGGCUGGAAGUUACAAGGAGUCUUAGGUCACCAACAUACCUGUUGACCACAUUGGAGGACCAAAUUACAAGACAAAUAUUCUUCAGAAUGUCUGUUGAAUGGAAAUUUACACCAUGGUGAAAUACGAAGCACCACAUACAAGCCACGAAGUGCUUACAUUGUGAAAUGUUAUGUUGUUAUGGAAUGAUGGAUCAGUAAGUGGAAGAUCUGAACCAGGUGUUGGGUGACUUGAAAUAUACUUUUGUCAGGAAUGGCAGCUUUGUGCAAGGACAGAAACAACCAGUACUGGUGCAAUAGGGGUAAACAUGGGCUCUGCUGACCUAAGAACUUCACAGUCUCCGUGGAAGACUAUUCAUAACAUCAGAUCAAAUGCCUUACCUAUGAGGACCUAUGUAGAGCAGAUGAGUUUUGUCUGUUUUCUUCAAGAGUAUUUUAUCAUUGGUUGCAGUAGCCACGUAUCUAAAUGAGUGAUGCAAUUGUUGCUUCAAACGUGUGCAACACAUCAUAACCCAUAUAAUCCUCCUAGACGUAGUAGUCACACUGUAUUGUACGUAGUAGUCAAAGAUGCUGGUUGUGAUGUUCCCAACUGCUUUCUCCACACCCAGUUCAACUGUGCACAUUGUCAAGUGUUCACACAGUCGCUGGGAUCCUAGAUGUACAAGGGCCACGAGUUUGAAGAAGGCCCAACUUUAGAUCCUAGAUGUACAAGGGCCACGAGUUUGAAGAAGAAGGCAUAACUUUAGAUCCUAGAUGUACAAGGGCCUUAAGUUUGAAAAAGAAGGCCCAACUUAGAUCCUAGAUGUACAAGGGCCUCAAGUUUGAAGAAGAAGGCCCAACUUUAGAUCCUAGAUGUACAAGGGCCUUAAGUUUGAAAAAGAAGGCCCAACUUAGAUCCUAGAUGUACAAGGGCCUCAAGUUUGAAGAAGAAGGCCCAACUUUAGAUCCUAGAUGUACAAGGGCCUCAAGUUUGAAGAAGAAGGCCCAACUUUAGUGAUGUAAGUUGCUCAAAAGAAGUUAAAGAGCCCUGACUUCAUGCGACUGCGUUUGAUCUGUCAUGGUUGAUGGUAUUGCGACACACAGCCUUCUAGUUGUUGGUGCUCUUUAACUUGUUUCAGGUAGUAUAUAUUCAAAGGCUUUCUAGCAAUCAGAUUAGAGGGAUGGGAACGGUCUCCUUGUAACUAGUGAUAGAUCAGGCACAUCUCAUGGAGCCAGUUGGAUUAUAUGUAGACUACGUGGUGAUCCAUGUAGUUGAUGAAAGUCGUGCAUCCAUUGGAAUCAUUACCUGAAAUUAACACAUCUGCUAUGUUUGUCAUGUGUUGGAAGAAGGCUAUCAUCUCAGUCAUUCCAACAUGUGCACAGCUGCAGAUGAGGGAAACAGUCUUUAUUACCAUGGAGGGACUGUAGGAUGCAGCUCCGAGCGCCUCACUCCAACAUAUUUUGAUAUGUUAUACAAGUUCUAGUCAUGUUAUUUUGAUAGUUCAUGUGAAGUUCUCCCAGUAAUCCAGAUAAGUCUUUGGUUGUUUUGUAUUCAUUCAUACAAUGUAACAGUUAUAACAUAAUUCCGUUAUUCACAUCGAGUGCAUAUUCAAGUGAAAAUCAUGGCCGCAAAGUAUCCGUGCAAUACUGGUUAAUCACUGCCGUUAUGUGAUCAGUUCUACAGGAUAUUACCUAGAAGGUACUUGACUGCCAUUAUCAUGGCCAUGUGUUUUAGCUGGGGAAAAUGUCAUCAGUUUAGUUUGAGAUUAGUGAUGCAUAAGUUUCUUAGAGACAGGAUCAUUUUGGGGUUUAUCUCUUUUAGCCCAGUAGACUGUUCAGCUAAUUGCCCUUUCCGUCUAUUAGAACUUCAAGCAUUCUUGAGUCUAAGCUUUUUAAUCUACCUCUUGAUUUUGAGAUUUAUGGAUGUGUAAUUUAGUUGUAAUUUCUGUCAGUGCCAAAUUAUUAUUUAUCAUUUGUGAUUGGUCUUCAUAAAGUUGUGUUUUUGGUUUCUGGGAUGAUACGAGUCCUGUAUCACGUGCUUAUGUUAAUUAUCGCAGUUGUUGCCGAGGUAGCGAAGGAGGCAUGCAGACUGAAAUUCCAAAGUUUCAAGACAGGCAUACAUACAAGUUGGUUUGCACCAGCAAAUUACAUUUGUAUAUUUUUAUAACAUUUGUUUUUGGAACAUUACAAGCAAUGUUUGUUAUUUAUGAUCGAAAAAUGUUAAUUUUGUUUUUGUUAUAUACCAGUGCCCAAUGCAAGAUCUGUAUUGCUGUGUGUGUGUGUGUGCAAAGAAUAUUAAUGUCCCGUAUUCUUGUUAUAUCUUGAAAUAAGCAUUGUUUUCAGGUGAUUUCCCUAACGGCUUACCAUCAUGAAAGUACCAUGUUCAAUAAUUGUACUGACCAACAGCCCAGUGUACAUGCUUUACUAGAGUGCUUCUGUCCUCUGCUUCAAGUAGAGUGCUCUCCCCUAGAUGUGGAGGAGCCAUUUUCCAUUCCCAUAUAUAUUAUCAAGUGCAUUUAGUGGAAAUGUCCGUUGAAGGUCAUAAUAUAUGUGACUUUUUGUGCUGGAGAAAAGAUCUGAUAUUGCGGAUAUUAAUAUUGUCGUUGAUUGUGUGUCAUAACCAUGUCCUUGAUGUGAGAAAUGUGUCAUCUGAUUAGUAAUUGAAACUGUUCAUGUCCGAUGGGGCAUGUCUAAUUAUCUGUAAGAGUUACCUACCCUUCUUUCUCCAUGGCUUUUAUGUAUGGUAUUAACAUAUUAACAUGUCGGUUGACACCAACACAUCCAACAUUGUCAUCUGUAUUACUCAUACUUUUGCUAGAUCACCUUUUCAUUUCAUUGUAGAUAAGCCUCUUGGUUGCACAUUUGUUUAUUUUAUGUAGGAUGUCAAGUAGUGCAAUGUUAGCUCCAAGCAUCUUAGUUGCCGCUAGGAGGCAUGAAGUUGAGAGAUUGGCAGCCCUCUCUUUACAUGGUUCAGAGCUGUGUUGACCCAAUCCCAGGUUCAUCAGCUGUAACAUUCAACAUAACACCUGAACUCUGUGUAUUGCUGGUUUCAGUUCAACUUGAGAUCUAACAUGCCGUUCAGGACAGAAACUAAAUAAUCUCAGAAGGAGCUAGAUGAAAAAUAGUUGCUGAAUGUUUCAUGCUUGCAAACCAUCAUAUAAUAUCUUGAAGUUGGUUUAUAUCUUAUAAUUUGGAUUAUUUUGGUUGCUGAUGAAACAAUAAGUUGCAUAAUGCCUAGCCUAUGGCACCAUAAGCAUGAUAAGACCAAGAUAGUGCAUAGCUCACAUCCAGGAGAGAACUAUUUAUGCAUAAUUAUAAGAUACAUUCCUGUGUGUUUGUGAUUUCGUUCCCAUUAGCACUGACUGGGUACUAAUCUUCCAAUUAAUAUAUGCUAAGGUUUUUAUAUGAUGUUUUUUUACAAUGCGUUUUGUCAUUUUCCUGACUUCAACUAUUUUCAUCAAGUUACAAGGGAACUCUUAGAUUUAAGAUGGGUAAAUUGUAAAAUCUAGUGGUUUUGUGUACUUUUUCCACUUUAUAUUCUGUGCCUUCUAAUUAAUUACCCUCGAACCAUUAGUCGAUGGUUGAAAUGGUUUUCAUGUUCAUAAGUUAGUGCUCUCUUCAUGGGUUUGUAUUUUAUUUAGAAAAUCAGAAUUUUCACUUUCAGGUCAGGAAAAGGACAAAGCGAAGUUCUUGUAUUUUAUUGACUGUUAUGCCCCUCCUUGUAUAUACUUCUUGUCAAUAUGAAUGACUUGUUGGCUGCUGAAUAUUUCAAUAUGGUCUUUGCCUAAUUACACUACAUCUGAAUCUUGUCGGACAUUUCUCUAUAGGGGUCAUCUCAAAAGCUGUUAUGUUCACUCAAAUCAACUUGUCUACAUUCAGAAAUUUCAUUUGUGCAAGUAAGCUCAUGUAGCAGCAGAUAUUGUGAAACUGUGGACAUGGUAACCUUUGAGACAACUGCCUGUGCAAGCAAACAAGAUUAAACGUGGCUUGAACUAGUCAACACUUUCAUCCCUCUAUCUGGCUAUUAUCAUCAUGUUUGUAUGUGCAGAUCUUUUCACAGAAAUCAAAACUGAAUAAAAAUGUGCUUGAAA